AUGCAUGCACCACUAAAAGGGAAGCACCUGGCGGAGCUGUGCAAAGCUGAGUACCCAAAGUAUGUCAACUACUGUCUCUGGGUGAUGGCGGAGGUGGCUGUGAUUGCUGCUGACAUCCCUGAAGUGAUAGGAACAGCCUUCGCUCUCAACAUCUUGUUUCGCAUCCCAGUGUCGGCAGGUGUCCUCAUCACAGGGCUAAGCACUCUCCUGCUUCUUGGGCUUCAGAGAUAUGGGGUUCGGAAACUUGAACUGUUGAUAUCCAUGCUGGUGUUCGUCAUGGCUGCCUGCUACUUCGGAGAGUUGAGCUACGUGAACCCCCCCGCGACCCAGGUGAUGAAGGGGCUCUUUGUGCCCAGGCUUGGCGGCGAUGGUGCCACCAGCGACGCCGUCGCUCUCCUCGGCGCCCUAGUCAUGCCGCACAAUUUGUUCUUGCAUUCAGCUCUGGUGCUGUCGAGAAAGACUCCACCUUCCGCCGAAGGAAUCAACGACGCCUGCAGGUACUUCCUCUUGGAGAGCGGCUUCGCGUUGUCGGUUGCGCUGCUCAUCAACGUCGCCGUUGUCUCCGUCUCUGGAACCGUAUGCGCUGGUCGUAGCCUUCCACCUGAGGAUUCUGAAACAUGCAGCAAUCUAACCCUCAACUCAGCCUCCUUCUUGCUCAAGAACCUCCUGGGCAAAUCGAGCUCCAUCGUCUACGGCAUCGCAUUGCUGGCCUCCGGACAAAGCUCCACUAUAUCAGGCACAUACGCCGGUCAAUACAUCAUGCAGGGAUUCUUGGACGUAAAGAUGAGGAUGUGGCUUCAGAACCUCAUGACACGAUGCAUUGCUAUCGGCCCCAGUCUCGUCGUCUCCAUCAUUGGCGGCCCUGCCGGAGCUGGAAGACUCAUAAUCAUAACAUCAAUGAUCCUAUCUUUCGAGCUGCCCUUUGCCCUCAUCCCUCUUCUCAAGUUCAGCAGCAGCGGCACAAAGAUGAGGCCCCACAAAAACUCCAUCUACAUCAUAGUCAUCUCGUGGAUCCUUGGCUUCGGUGUCAUAGGAAUCAACGUCUACUUCCUCAGCACCAGCUUCGUGGAAUGGAUCACCAGUAGCAGUCUCCCAAAGCCUGCCACAGCUCUCGUCGGCGUCAUCGUCUUCCCCUUCAUGGCUGUCUACAUCCUUGCUGUUAUCUACUUGACCUUCAGGAAGGAUACAGCAGUGACAUUCGUUGAUAAAUCUGAUUCGUCGCUGAAGGAAAUGGAGGAUGGUGUGCAUCGUUCUGAUGGUGACAAAGGAGGUGACGUUGUGCCGUUUAGAGGCGACCUCAAUAACAUCUCUCCUCCUGAGUAAAG